CCGUAGUCUCUUGAGACGGAGCUCGACCCAGACAGAGAGUGCUAGAUUUGUUGGCGUUGAUCUCUAUCCCAUUGUGCCAGAUCUUUCUCUGUCCUGACUACUUUGAAAUAUUCGAAGUUACCUUCUUCUGCUACAAGAAUCAAUCUGCCAGUAAACGAUACAUCAUGGCGGACGUCGAGAUGGCCGAUGCUGGCUCUGCCGGCAAAGUCAAGCCCAGCACGAAGACAUCCAAGGGCAGCCCCGCUGGAGAUAGCCUACCUGAUGGCAAGAAAAGAUUUGAAGUCAAAAAGUGGAAUGCCGUUGCCUUGUGGGCGUGGGAUAUCGUCGUCGACAACUGUGCCAUCUGCCGAAACCACAUCAUGGAUCUCUGCAUCGAAUGUCAGGCCAAUCAAGCUUCCGCAACGAGUGAGGAAUGUACGGUGGCAUGGGGCAUUUGUAACCAUGCGUUCCAUUUCCACUGUAUUUCAAGGUGGCUCAAGACUCGGCAGGUGUGCCCUCUGGAUAACCGUGAUUGGGAAUUUCAGAAAUAUGGACGUUAAAAGGAUACAAAUAUCUAAACAGAGGCGGGAGGCUCCACAAUAUUCCAAGCCGGGUUCAAGUCUUAAGAGUUAGCGCUCGAGCUUAGGAGCGUUCACAAUUUCUUCAAAUCCGACAUACAACUUUCUGUUAGAAACUGGUACUGGGGGCGCAACUGGGUCAUCAGCGCAAGCCGACUGAGGUUUCGGUUUAGGCAAAACACGGCAUCACGAUAUGAAACACAUGAUUUCUUUACCAUUAUUAUGCAUAGCAGAAACAGAGGGACAAGGGCUUUGUUAGGCUAGUUAUUCGAGAUCCUUCAAUUGACAGUAUUAUUGAAGAUUAUACGCGUUCAGAUUAGACACUCCCUCUGACGCCUGGAAAAUCAAAACAAUAAAGCUUCUUUCAGCUCG